CUCACACAACCAUGGCCACCUACUUGUGUCUGUUCCUCGUCGUCUUCGUGGUAUCUGGGUCUUUAGCAGCCAUACCCGGAGAAUUGAAGCCAUGCAAGCAAUCUUCUCCAGACUAUGGCAAAUGCCUCGACUCAGAGAUUGAGAAAGCUAUGCACUUCUUCAAGGGUGGUAACAAGAAGUUGGGUGUGAACCCCCUGGACCCCUUCAAGUUCGAGAAGCUGAUGGUGGACCAGGGCACUGGACCGGUGGCCAUCAAGCUGGAGUUCAAGAAUACCGAGAUCCGCGGGUUGACCGAUGCCAAGAUCUUCGAUGCCAAGAACGAUUGGAAAACUAUUAGCUUCAAAGGCAAAGUAGAUUCCUUGCAGAUUAUUGGUGACUACACGAUUUCCGGAAAAGUUCUUGUCUUGCCAAUUUCCGGAUCUGGAAAGAGCAAUAUCACUAUGCUCGACGCGGAAGCGAAGGUUUCAAUAAAACUGAAGGAAAUAGAUAACAAAGGAAAACCAUACGUGCAAGCAGAGUCCAUCGAGUGUACCAUCACACCGAAGAAGACGAUCUUCAACUUCUUGAACCUCUUCAACGGAGACAAGGCUUUGGGAGACAACAUGAAUACGUUCCUCAACGAAAACCAUGAACAGAUCAUCACCGAAUUGAACCCUGCCAUAUCAAGAGGACUUUCACAGGGAUUUGGCGAAAUAAUAAACCAAAUCCUUUCGAAAAUUCCCCUCAAGGAGGUUAAAGUAUAAUUAUUUCAAC